AGCAUCUGCAUUUCUUCAAAAAUUUAACCAAAAACCAAAGAGUUCCUUGCUUCUGCAUGCCUUGGACGGAGUAGUAUGUAACUUGUCUGAAUGGUAUUUAUCUUGGUGCGUGCUCAGAGUCGCAGAGGGAGAAGGAAGAAGAUAUCGAGAUGCCUGAGCUUGCAGAAUGCUGGGUGGCGGCGGUGUGGCUGGGGUCGCGGCGGUGGUGGCCCAGCAGCGUCGCGGGGAGCUUCGCGGCCAGGCCCGUGCUGAGCCGCGCCGCGCACGCCUUCCGCAACGCCGCCGUGGCCGCCGCCUGCAAGGUCGCCGCCGAGGACGCGUUCCACUGCCUCACCACAGGAGGGGGAGAUCCAAAGCACAAGCUCGAGCUUUCACUCAAGAAAAUCUGCAAGGACGGAGCAUACUGGGGUACGGCUGCCGGAGUUUAUGUGGCCAUGGAGUCGGCGGUGGAAGAGACGCGUGGCCGCACUGACUGGAAGAACGCGGUGAUCGGAGGCGCCUUAGCUGGUUCUGUCAUGUCUGCUGCCACCGCCGGCAGGAGCGGCCACAGAGACAAGGUGGUCAGGGAUGCCAUCGCCGGCUGCGCCAUCGCAGCCGCCGCCGAGUUCAUCGGCCACCGCAUUCGUGUCGAUCUGGGUCCCGUCAGGUUUGCUGGUGGCACCAGAAGUAGAAGCAACCAAACGACCAAGGAAGGUCGAAAUGGCGACGAACCAUGGGAACGCCAAGAGGUUUUGGUCGCGGGCCGAGAAGUGGAGCUGCCUCUGCAAUUCAGGACGGAUCCAGCCCUUUCAUGAUGGGCCACGCAACCGGGGUGGACCUGACCGUUUAAGUAAAAAAGUGGUUUAGCCAUUAAACAUGUUUAUAUUUCCAUAACGAAACACACUGAAGAGGAAACCUGUUUUAUUAC